AUUUCGUAUACAAAACCCCCGUGGAUCCCCAUCCCGUCUCAACUUGUCCCAUGUGCAGUGGCCCACCGAGUUUUGGGCCCUGGGGAGAACGUGAGGCGACACAUCUAAUGUACGGGUCAGAUGUCAUGUGUUACAUAAUGUAGGCCCCACAUAUUGCAAGCUCCCUUGAUCUUAGAGGUUUGAACUAGUCUACCAUGUCUGCGUCUUCUUCUGUCAGACUCCGAAAACAUAAUCUCUCUCUCUCUCUCUCUCUCUCUCUCUCUCUCUCCGGUACAAGACAUAAUUCGAAUUUCUUUUAUAACAAAGAUGCCCCUGGACAAAUGCCGGAGACUUUGUCUACUCUUAAACCAUACACAAGGAAACUCGAAAGGGGAUGGAUUCCGUGGAUCUGAUGGAGCAUGGAAUAAGAGAAGGGGAUGGAGGAGGACACGUCAUUCAGAUGGUGGGCACAGAUGCUGCAGCAGCUGUGGAUUCGGUGAGUGAUGAGAAUGAGAUAACUGCCUUGCUCUUAAAUAAAGAGGUGGAGAAACCCAAAUUUAACAUCUUCUCCGUCUCCUAUCCCAAAAGGAAGCCCCUCCAAAAGGGGCCAACAUCAAAAGAAUCUGAGACGGAGGUCAUCGCCUUGUAUCAAUUUCUUUCAUGGACAUGGAGUGGAAGUAGAUACUCUGGUUUACUCUGCAUGGCCUUAUCUUCCUCUAUCUACUGCAUUAUGCAACUCUUCUCUGAUUUUUUCUCAGUUGGAUCAAUUCCAAUAUUUGAAAUUGUAUUUACAAGAUGUGCAAUUAUCUUGAUCUUGUCAUUUGUGUGGUUGAGAAGGACUGGACAACCUAUACUUGGACCACCACAUAUCUGGAAACUUAUAUUUGCAAGAGCCCUAAUUGGGUUUCUCUCGUUGUUGACUUUCAUUUAUAGCAUCCAAAGCCUACCAUUGUCUAAUGCUGUUGUAUUGAACUUUACAAUUCCAAUUCUGGCAUCUGUUGUGGCAAGAAUAGUUUUGCACGAGAAAUUGUCACUAGCAGAUAUUGGAGGUUUGGCUUGCAGUUUCUUCGGCCUGCUAUUCAUUUUUCGACCAAUGCUUGUUAUUCAAGGAGGCUUAACUGAAACUGGUGAUCCAAGUAAGGCAUCUAUUGUUAGAGGACAUCACCCUGUUUAUGCGCUAUUAGUGGGUUUAUUUUCAGCAAUAACUGGUGGAUUUAGCUACUGCCUUAUACGAGCUGCAGGAAAGGCAUCUGAUCAACCUGUGGUUACAGUUUUUGGAUUUGGUGUACUUGCUACUCCUGCUGCGGCAGUAUGCACUUUUGCCUUUGAGGAAUUUGUGCUGCCAAAUUUCUAUACAUUUCUUCCUCUGGUGGUACUUGGUGUAUUGGCAUUCUUUGCAGAGGUCUUUUUAGCACGUGGACUUCAGCUUGAGAAAACUAGUAAAGUUACAAAUAUGCAAUAUAUUGAGGCCCUUCUGUCUCAAAUAUGGGGCAUCGCGUUCUUGAGGGUGGCACCAUCUUUCAAUAGGCUGAUCGGAUGCUUGCUUCUUUUGGUGUCUGUUUGUAGCACCAUGUACUUUGGACCUGAGAAAGAGAUCAGCUGAUUCCAUUUCUUACAGGCAUGUUCUUUGGGCCCACUUCUUCUCUGUUGUAUCCUAAGCUAAGUCUCCUUUCUAACAAUUCCAAGUGGAGCUACAUGCUGCUGGUUCAUGGGAGACUACGUUGGCAUUUCAAAAAUCUCAUUUGGAGGCGGAAAUGUCACAACAUUUACUCUCCUUGCGAAGGCAGUGGCAUUCUUAUCUGGUCUUUCCAUGUGAAUAAAACAAAAUGUUGGUUUUGGAGGGAAAUCAACUGAGAGAGAGAGAGAGAGAGAGAGAGAGAGAGAGAGAGAGAGAGUAACGAGGCAAAUCAUAUAGAAGAGAAAUGUUUUUUUGGCUGCUUUGACAAGUGAGUUAUGUUUAAUACUACCGCAGUUAUGUGACUGCGGGGUUGUCCUUCACUACAAAAAAAAAAGAAGUAUUUGCAGUGAUCGAUCACUAGAUUGUAAGGAGCAUUUCUCAUUUGGAAGUCUUUACUUA